CACCGCAGCGGGAUCGGAGACAGCCGCAGGCCGACCGGGAGGGCCCAACAGGCGGCCACGAUGAGAGGAGGAACCCCGGGGGAAUGGACGUGACCGCGGCGUGAGGAGGCGACAGAGUCGCGGAGAGACGUCAGCAUGUCUGCACCGCCCACUGGACCUGGCCCUGGCCGUGGUCCAGGUCCUGGUCCAGGCCCUGGCCGUGGUCCCAGUCCCAACUCUUGUCCCAGUCCUAGUCCUGGUCCCAGUCCUAGUCCUAGUCCUGGUCCAGACCUGAGCCAUCUAACAGAGGAGGAGCGGAGGAUCAUCCAGUCUGUGAUGGAGAGACAGAAGAAGGAGGAGGAGAAGGAGCAGAGCAUGCUUAAGAAAUUACAUCAGCAGUUUGAGCAGUACAAGGACCAGGUGAAGAAACUGGGGGAGGAGCCUGCGGCCAAACAGAUGCUGAAGGUGGAGUCUCCUAUCUGCGGCGUCUGCCAUAAGACCAAGUUUGCUGACGGCUGUGGCCGAGCCUGCUGCUACUGUCAGAGCCGCUUCUGCGCCCGCUGUGGGGGGCGUGUCCUCCUGAGAGCCAAUAAGGUGAUGUGGGUGUGUAACGUCUGCAGGAAGAAGCAGGACAUCCUGACCCGCUCGGGGGAGUCUCUGCUGUCUGUCAACCACGGCUCAAUCGGGGUUUCCCACCCACAGCCCCAUGGACGUUUGAGCAACGGGGCUUCUGAUUGGACGCGGUAUGAUGAUGGCGGGAUGCCUCGCUCACCCUCAGACCAAAGUCUGGAGUACCGGGCCUGCUCACCAGGUGGUUUCCAUGGAAACAGGGCUGCACCAAUGAGAGAUGAGCGAGGUCGUUGGCACUCACAGGACCAGGUUCAGGAUGAGCUUGAGUGGCGGAGGCAGAGGGAGGAGGAGUUUCAGACUCGUUACCGCAGCGACCCAAACCUGGCCCGUUACCCCGUGAAGCCUCAGCCUAGCGAGGAGGCCAUGAGGAUGUUGGCUCACAUGGGCCGGGUUCGCCACCAACGCCGUCACAGCGAUGUUUCCCUGGCAAGUCCGGAACCUGAACAUCCGACGCUGAGAUACCCAGGUCCAGCUGUCCAUCAGAAUCGGCAUCAGGGAUUGGUCGGGCAAGGAGGUCAGAGGUCCCUGUCCGUGGACCGGGCACCCAAUCACAUCAGUCCUUCCUCCCCCCGCCUGCUACCACGGCAACACCUGGACCCUGAGAGCGCCGCCCAGAGGGGGAGGAGGGCGGGGAAGAUGUACGUGAUUGGUAGCUUCAGCAGCUCAGAGGAGGAGCUAGCGACCACGCCUGACUACGCCAGCUGUGAGGAACCUGACAGAGACAUGGACAGCCAAUGGUGGGAUCAUGGAACCUGGCAAAACGAGCCUGCACCCAUGACCACGCAUCCAGUGUCAUGGCAACCGUCCAAGGAUGGAGAGCGUCUGAUUGGUCGAAUUCUGUUGAAUAAGAGGAUGAAGGACGGGACAAUUCCGGCUGACACCGGAGCGCUGCUGGGACUCAAGGUGGUGGGAGGGAAGAUGACAGAGUCGGGCCGUCUCUGCGCGUUCAUCACCAAGGUGAAGAGAGGAAGUCUGGCUGACACCGUGGGACACCUGAGACCAGGUGAUCAGGUUCUGGAGUGGAACGGCCGGUUUCUCCAGGGCGCAACAUUUAACGAGGUCUAUAACAUCAUCCUGGAGUCCAAAGCGGACCCACAGGUGGAACUAGUGGUGUCCCGACCAGUCGGAGACGUUUCCAGAGCUGCAGACGCCGCCGUCAUCACGCUCGACUCCAGUUCUAGUUCCUUCGACUCUCAAAAAGUUGGCCCUUCGAUUUCUGUCACGUCUCCCAUGAGUCCCAGUGUUCUAUCAGGACAAGUCUCAGUUAAGCUGUGGUACGAUAAAGUCGGUCAUCAGCUCAUUGUCACUAUCCUGGGAGCCAAGGAACUUCCUGUCCGCGACGACGGUAGACCACGGAACCCAUAUGUGAAGAUCUACUUCCUGCCUGACAGAAGUGAUAAGAGCAAACGGAGAACAAAGACUGUGAAAAAGUCUGUAGAACCUCGGUGGAACCAGACCUUCAUGUACUCUCCGGUCCAUCUGCGGGAAUUCAGAGAACGCAUGCUAGAACUCACUGUGUGGGACCAGGCCCGAGUCCGCGAGGAGGAGAGCCAGUUCAUGGGAGAGGUGUUGAUCGAGUUGGAGCAUGCUCUGUUGGACGAUCAGCCUCACUGGUACAAACUGCAGCUUCAUGACGUUUCCUCUGUGCCACUGCCCAACGCCUCCCCCUACCUGCAGAGGAGGGGACUGCAGGCCGAGGACUCGCCCAGCAGCAGGAGGCUGCAGAGGUCUCAGAGGAUCAGUGACAGCGAGUUCUCGGAUUAUGACUGUGAAGACGGCAUCGGGGUGAUAUCAGACUACAGGCAGAAUGGGCGGGACUUCCACAGCUCCACCCUCUCUGUGCCGGAGCAGGCGAUGAUAUCCAAUCACUGCCCUCGAUCUGACAUGGUCAGGAUGAGGUCACGGUCGCCGAGCCAGCCACCUCCUCAUAGCGGUAACCCUCUCUACCCGCUGUACCGCGAGGACGCCGUGAGGCUGCUGAGAGGCUCCAAACUGGGCCGGGCGUACUCGGACGCCAGCCAGUACAGCAGCCUAGACAGGAGGUUCCUUAGGAGAAUGUCUGCUGCCAAUUCUCUUGAUUCCCAUGAGAGGUACUGUAAUGGUCCUAACGGUCCCUGGACCAACCACAUGGUGAAUGGGAGCUGUGAAGACUUCAGUCACGACUUUAUUCCUGACUUCCCCUACGAAGCUGAUGCCUACGAUGAUGAGCUACUCAGGUACAGCCGCGGCAUGGACCGGAGGGAUUACUACAGCCGCUCCCGCUCAGCUGACCAGCGGGCAAUGGCCCAGCGACCCAUCUACGGCCGCUCCCACUCCACCGACCGAGCUGACUCCCCCCACCUUCGAUCCAGACACUCUGCACCCCCCUCACCUGCCCCAACCAGAACAAAUCCACGGGGAGGAUCGACACAAACCAGUCCAUCAGGAACGCCCAUCUGCAGUCGCCGCGGACGCCAGCUACCCAUUGUCCCGCCUCACGGACCUCCAGACAGAAGUGUGAUGAAGGAUCCGUCAAAGAUGAGAGACAGCCUGUCCUUCAAAUCGUCAGACAGCGAUGUCAGCGAGAUGUCAGCCAUGUCCAACGACACCCGUCUGGCAGAGGCGCUGGAGGGCCAGUCAUUGGAGGUGGGGGCGGGGUCACAGGAAACAGAGGAAGUACCUGGGGAGGGAGAGGGUGUGGCUAAGCUUCAGAAGAGCGAAUCAGUGGAGGAAGGAGAAGAGGAGGAGCCAGACCAAGCCAAGGCAGCAGCUCCUCUCACCAAGUCGUCGAGUGUGGGUGGAGAAAUCUGCUCCUUGUCGAGGAAUGAUGAUGAUGAUGAUGACAAGAAGCGACGUUCGAGCUUCGGAGCUAAGAUGAUGGGAAUGGUCGGUCUGGGAAAGAAGAGCCAGAGCGCCACUCAGCUGAACCCUGAAGAGGAAGAGAAGAAGAAGAAGGUGGUGCGACUUCCUGUCCAGAGGAGCGUAGAGACUGGAUUAGCUGUUGAGUUUAAAGCUCGUUUUACUCGUCAGCAGAGCCGAGACCCCGACGCAGAGGAUCCCAAACCUGGAGCUCUCAUCUUCCCAGGGGUCAAGCUGGCAUCAGACAAACAGUUCACUGGCUUCCUGGAAGGAUUAGGCCCUGCCCAGCUGGCUGGACGGCAGACUCUAGCCACGCCCCCAAUGGGUGACAUCCAGAUCGGCAUGGUGUACAGGAAAGAGCGUCUGGACGUGGAGGUGAUCCGAGCCCGGGGGCUUGUGGGUAAACAAGGGAACAAGAACACUCCAGCUCCGUACGUGAAGGUUUACCUCAUGGAUAACGGCAAGUGUGUAUUAAAGAGAAGAACUCGGCUGGCCAGAAAAACCCUGGAUCCUCUUUAUCAACAACAGCUGCAGUUUGAAGAGAACCCUGAGGGAAAAGUACUGCAGAUCAUCGUGUGGGGUGAUUAUGGCCGGAUGGAUCAUAAAUCCUUCAUGGGAGCUGCUCAGAUCUUACUGGACGAUUUGGACCUGUCCAACAUGGUGAUUGGCUGGUUUAAACUGUUUCCUGCCACCUCAUUGGUGGACCCCACCUUGGCCCCGCUGACUAAUAAGGAGACAGAGGGGGGCAAGUCGUAAUAUCAGGAUGCAGACACAUAUCGCCAUAGUGACGGGCUGACUCCUGGAUUGCCAUAGAAACAGGCUGGUGCUGCAUGCUGCAUGGUGACAUCACAGCAUCACAGCUCAGAGGCUCCGCCCACUGAUGCCCAGACAGGAAAUGAUCCUUCUAGUGCGAGCAGGGCUCCACAGCAAGGGAUGCUGGGAAAAGAAAGGUCUAGUCCAUGUGAUCUUCAGCUGACAGCCAAUCACAACAGCUCCUCAGAGGUCAAGUGACCGUUCUACAUGUGCAUAUGAAUCAUUUCCACAGAGACUGAGGAAUGUUGAAGAAUCGCUCCUUAAGUUUGUGCAUGGAACGUUAAAAAAACAUUAAAACAUCAGAUGUGGAAUAAAGAACAUGGGAACUACAGACAUCAAGAAAAGAGAACUAAAAAAUAAAAACCAUUCUAAACACUGAUUUGUUCUCUGACCAUGUGUUCUGCCUGACACCACAUCACCGAGAGCUCUAGUAGAGGUCAUGUAGAGGUCAUUGUAGAGGUCAUUGUAAGCUCUGGUAAAGGUCAUUGCAGAGGUCAUUGUUAGCAGUGGUAUAGGUCAUUGGUAGCUGUGGUAGAGGUCAUUGCUAGCUCUGGUAGAGGUCUUUAUAGAGGGCAUUGUUAGCUUUGGUAGAGGUCAUGUAGAGGUCACUGUCAAGGGUUAGAGAGGGGCUCACCGGAUGCCUUGAAAAAACUAAGAAUGAUUUUUUUUAAAAUUACUAUUUUACACCAAAUUU